AUGUACUUUCAAAACGUGGAUCAGCCUCAGGAGCACAGUCAUCGAUCACAUCAGCAUGUCAUGGCUAAUUUAAUUCGUAUGCGCUUACACUGGGCUGUGGGAGAGAGGAACCGGGUGUUUACCCCCCGUUUGCCAGACGGGUCCUGGCAAAGUUACAGCAAAAACGACGGGUGGCAGUCCGAGUACCUGCACAGGAGCAUCGUGCCCACGAUGCACUACCAGAAGAGCUUGCCGAGGCUACCAAUUCCAAAACUUGAAGACACAAUCAGGCGGUAUUUAGCUGCUCAGAGGCCGCUCCUCAGUGAUGAUGACUAUAGUAAAACGGAGAAAAUGGCUUACGAGUUCCAGAAGGGGGUGGGAAAAGAACUGCACAGUGAGUUGGUUGCUCAAGACAAGAAGAACAAGCACACCAGCUAUAUCUCUGCCCUGUGGCUCAACAUGUACCUAACCCAACGUAAUUCAUUGGUAUUGAACUUCAGUCCCUUUAUGGCUUUAAACCUCGAUCCCAAGCCAGAGUACAAUGAUCAACUAGUGCGGUCAACGAACAUGGUGGUUUCAGCUGUCCGCCUCAUGAAGACGUUUCGUGCUGGCUUCCUGGAGCCUGAGGUUUUCCACCUGAACCCUGCUAAGAGUGGCACUGAUGCUUUCAAGAGUCUGAUUCGCUGGGUGCCACCAUCGUUGUCCUCAGUUGGGGCCUACUUGAUGAAAGCCUACCCCUUGGACAUGUCCCAGUUCUAUCACAUGUUCAACUCCACCCGCAUCCCCAGACAUGGUCGAGAUGAGCUUUUCACUGACGAGAAGGGCCGGCAUCUUCUAGUGAUGAGAAAAGGCAAUAUGUAUGUAUUUGAUGUGGUCGACCGAGAUGGGAACCUUGUGAAACCAGCAGAGAUCCAGGCACACCUGAAGUUCAUAUUGUCUGACCAAACUCCGGCACCGGCCUUCCCGCUCUCCUUCCUGAGCACUGAGAACCGGGAUGUGUGGGCAGGGUUGCGUGAAAAGUUGCUUGCUGCAGGGAAUGUGAAAGCCCUUGGGCUUGUGGACAGUGCACUCUUCUGCCUCUGCUUUGAUGAUGAGACUCUGCACGAUCCCAUCCAAGUCUUUCAUAACUUGCUGUGUGGUGACGGGUGCAACCGAUGGUAUGAUAAGUCAUUCAGCUUUAUUGUUACAAAAAAUGGGAGGGCUGGCAUCCAAUUUGAGCAUUCUUGGGCUGAUGGUCUAACUAUCUUUCGCUUGCUGAAUGAAAUUUUUAAGGACACUACAGAAUGGCCCCAGGUCAGCCCUGGCUCUCAAACAGCUGCAGCAGACUCAGCUUCUGCAGUGACAAAGUUGCAGUUCAAGCUGAAUGCAGAACUAGAAAACAGUAUCAGCAAGGCUAAAGAGAAGUUCCAGGCAGCUGUCUCCAAGCUGACCAUCGAUAUAGUGGAGUUCAAAAAGGGGGGCAAGGAGAUGCUGAGAAUGAAUAAGCUGAGCCCAGAUGCCAUGGCACAGCUGGCCUUUCAGAUGGGCUUCCUGCACCAGUACGGGCAGACGGCGAACAGCUAUGAGGCAUCCAGCACUGCAAAAUUUCUCCAUGGCCGCACAGAGACAAUCCGGUCAACAACCAUCCACACAAAGCGCUGCACACAUGCCUUUGUUCACCAAGCCAACCAGCACUCUGUGCAGGAACUGCGUGGGAUGCUGGAUGAGUGCUCCAGGUAUCACAAGCAGCUCAUUAAGGAGGCUGCAGUGGGCCAAGGAUUUGACCGACACCUUUUUGCCAUGCAGCAUUUGGCCACCUCCAAGGGUCUGCCUCUCCCAGCUUUCUACCAGGAUACUGCUUAUAGUACUAUGAACCACAACAUCCUCUCCUCAAGUAGCUUGACAAGUCCUGCCUUCAGUUUUGGAGGGUUUACUCCUAUGGUGCCUGAUGGAUUUGGGUUAGGUUAUAGUAUCCACAAAGAAUGGAUAAGCUGCUUUAUUUCCAGCUACCCAGCUCGAAAUGUUACGGAAUUCCAGCGGUGUGUUAAUAAGUCUUUGGAAGGCAUCUUCAGUGUGGUAGAAGGCAAACUUCUCCGUUAA